UGGAGAGCAGAGAGAAAGGAAGAAAAUAACGAGCGGUAGAAAAAGUUCAGCUACGCUGCACCUCACGUGAAACAAUACAUGUGUGCGAUCAGAUGUUGGAGGAACGGAGAAGGGGGCUACAGAAUGCUUCGGAAACUGUCGGCUGAGAUCCUGAUAUUUUGUAUGGUGGCAGAUAUCUCCCUCGCCCUCGAUUACUCCAAACGUAGCGGCAGCCACGAGUGUAGAUUGGGAUCGAAGACUCCUUACAGAUGCGUGGCUAAUCACGACGAGUCGCCGUUGGCAUAUCCAGACUGCGUGGAGAAGAAGAUUUGGCUAAUUCUGCGCCACGGGACUCGGUAUCCAGGCAAGAAGUACAUACCUCGGAUGAUAGACGACUUGCCGGAGCUGCAGCACGUGAUAUUGAAAAAUCAUGCGAACGGAGCGACGAAUCUGUCCGCCGACGACGUGGCUCUGUUCAGGGGGUGGAAGUUGCCGUUUGGACGAGGGCACAUGAUGAAACUGGCUCUGGAGGGGGAGAACGAGAUGAUCGAUCUCGGAGAGCGGUAUCAGGCGAGGUUUCCGUCUCUGAUGCCGGAGGCUUUCGACAAUCGGACGUACAAAUUUAGAUUCACUGCCACACAACGUACGGAAGAGAGCGCGAGGCACUUUGCCGUCGGUUUAUUCGGCUGGCACAAUAGCAAAAGUGUUUGGUAUCCAUUGCCGGUGUAUCGAGACCGCGUGAUAAGAGUAAGACGCCAGUGCAUUUAAAUUCUCGGUCUAUUUGCUCCCCUAACUUUCCCAGUUCUUUAGGCUGUGUGACUGCUGGUGUGU